AGAUAUUGAUACAUCCCAGUGUUUUGUUUAUGUAAUCUAUUUUUAGCACAGUGUCAGUACCAUUUUACUAAGAUUUCUGCCAAUACUAUUGAUGUCAUCAAUUAUUUAUUAGGUAAAUCAUUUCUUUACUUACUAUUGCAUUAUUUUAAAGUCAGACUGUCAUCAUAUUUGUUGUAUUUUGUAAGUUAUUGCAUUUUAAAUUGAUUACAGUGCAGCAUCCCUGUCUGGCUGCAGCCAUUUUGCCCAAUUGCUUUCUGGGUAGUUACCCUUGACAACCUAGUAGAAUUCCAGGAAUUAUUCCAACUGUCAAAACAAUUCUAAGCUAAAUUUCUUUAAUUUAAGCAAAGGAUCAGAGUUUUUCAGGUCAAUAUGAGUGAGAAGGUUCCUAGACGUGGCAGGCUAUACAAGUGUUUACACUGUGAGAAGGCAGGAAAGGUGUACAUAGAAGUGAAGUACAGAGUCACCGGUCAUGUUUGGAAGCACCACUUUCCACUGUCAGAUUCGCCGUUCUAUUGCACCCUUUGUCUGUUCAGGUCAACCACAGAGGAGGCACUUAGGAAACAUGUAAAGACUUACCGAAGGCACGUUCUGAUGCGCAAGGACAUGGGUACAAGGGUCAAUGAUAAUCGGUACCUAGUGUUUAAUACAGCACCACGUGAUUUGGUAGAAGGGGUUGAUUACAGAAGGGAGACCUUGAGAGAAUGUUUAGCUGGUACCUCUGCAGUCGAAGACCCAUUGAUGCUGGAUCAUGAGGAUUACUCAUAUGAGAAGACUCCUGAAGAAGAUGGUUUGAUAACGCUACGUAUUACUCCAGAGGUCCUUGCUGAUUUUGUUUCUAGACCAAGACUGACCGAAACAUCAGUAGUACCUCAGCAAACAUUUCCUUUUCCUAGCUGCAGCUCAUCAACAGUAAGCAAUCCAGUCAUGACUCAACCAUUUAUUCAGCAGCCACAUCUUCCAUUUAUUGCCCCCAUACCAAAUACCGAAGUAGAAGCAAAUACCACCACUAACACCAUUUUAGCCAAUGUCAACGAAACCGUAACCAGUAACCAGUUCUCACCCUUUAAUUUCCUAGAGGCACUCUGCUCAACGCCUACUAAAACAGCAAUGACCACCACUAUGUCCACACUGCAGACACCAAUCUUACAGCCACAAGCAGAGGAAAACAUUUUAGACCAGAUACUACCAAACCAGGAGAUGAGUUUUGGAAACUUAGAUUUGCCCCUUAGCAUUCCUAUCAUGAAGUCGCCCGAAGCUGAACCACAAACAAUGAAAGAUGAAGAAACACAGACAGAAGAACCGCAACGGAAAAGGAGAAGAACGCAAGAUCAGGAAGGCGAGAGUAGAAAAUUGGAAGAAGCUUGAGAGAAGAUCGUGUCAUCAGUUGAAUCCAACAGAAGAGCUAUCCAGGGAGUAAGAAGAUCAGUAGAUCAGGUUACAGAUGUUUUGGGUGUACUGCAGAAGACAAUGGAAAGUAUCCGGGAUGAGAUUAGGAAUGGUAGGAGGGAACAGGA